UCACAGCGAGCCGCUUCCUGAACCGACGAGGCCUCCGCUGGGUUUGGGAUGAGAGAAGAAGGGCCGAUGCAAAAUCUGGAGUGCGCUGGGCCCGGGCAGUCAGUCAGCACCCAGACUGGCAGCAUGACGGGUCAGAUACCAAGACUGUCUAAAGUCAACCUUUUCACUCUGCUCAGUCUCUGGAUGGAGCUCUUCCCAGCAGUAGAAGCCCACAAACAGAAAUCUCAGGAAAAAGAAGCAGAAAAUCAUGGACCCUUAGAAGAUAAUGAAGAGACAGCCAGAGUAUCUUCUGAUCAAAAACAGGUGAAGAAAGCUGGUCUUGUGGUGGUGAAAAACAUGAAAAUUGUUGGUCUCCACUGUUCUAGUGAAGAAUUACAUGCCGGGAAAAUUGCUCUUAUUAAACAUGGGUCACGGUUGAAAAACUGUGAUCUUUAUUUUUCCCGAAAACCAUGUUCUGCAUGUUUGAAAAUGGUUGUAAAUGCUGGUGUUAACCGAAUUUCAUACUGGCCUGCUGAUCCAGAAAUAAGUUUGCUUACCGAGGCUUCCAGUUCCGAAGAUGCAAAGUUAGAUGCUAAAGCAGUGGAAAGACUGAAGUCAAACAGUCGGGCCCAUGUGUGUGUCUUACUGCAGCCUUUGGUGUGUUACAUGGUGCAGUUUGUAGAGGAGACCUCUUACAAAUGUGACUUUAUUCAAAAAAUUGCAAAAACACUACCGGAUGCUAACGUUGACUUUUAUUCUGAAUGUAAACAAGAAAGAAUAAAAGAGUAUGAAAUGUUAUUUUUGGUUUCAAAUGAAGAAAUGCAUAAACAAAUACUGAUGACUAUAGGUUUGGAGAACCUGUGUGAAAAUCCAUACUUUAGCAAUCUGAGGCAAAGCAUGAAAGACCUUGUCCUACUUUUGGCCACAGUAGCUUCCAGUGUGCCCAACUAUAAACACUACGGAUUUUACUGUGUCAAUACCGAGCAGAUUAAUGAAAUUCACAAUCAAAGUUUGCCACAAGAAAUUGCGAGGCACUGCAUGGUUCAGGCCAGGUUAUUGGCGUAUCGAACUGAGGAUCAUAAAACAGGAGUGGGGGCCGUCAUUUGGGCGGAAGGAAAAUCUCGGAGUUGUGAUGGGACAGGCGCCAUGUAUUUCAUUGGAUGCGGCUAUAAUGCAUUUCCUGUUGGGUCUGAGUAUGCUGACUUCCCACACAUGGAUGACAAACAGAAAGACAGAGAGAUAAGGAAAUUCAGAUACAUUAUCCAUGCAGAACAGAAUGCUUUGACAUUUAGGUGUCAAGAAAUUAAACCAGAAGAAAAAAGUAUGAUUUUUGUGACCAAGUGCCCAUGUGAUGAGUGUGUGCCUUUGAUCAAAGGUGCCGGCAUUAAACAGAUCUAUGCAGGGGACGUGGAUGUGGGGAAGAAGAAGGCAGACAUCUCAUACAUGAGAUUCGGGGACCUGGAGGGUGUCGGCAAAUUUACAUGGCAGAUGAAUCCAUCAGAAACGGGUUCCCCUGAACAAAAUCAGCCUGAAAGCAAAGAGAAUGGUGUGUUAAGACCCAUACUUCUGGAUGAAGAACAGCACCAAUACAAGAAGCUGUGUCUUGGAAACCACUAAGAAGUCCUGUUUUAAUGGCAUUGAAGGCCUCAAGGAUUUUAUUGCACUUUUAAGAUGCAGCCUUGUGAACUCACAAGAAAGGAUGGAUGUUGUGAAUAGUCGACAAGAAAUUUAAGAACGUUAAUUUAUUGUUAGCAUAUGAAUGAUGUUAAUGAAAGUAUUUUUAUUUUAGAUUUAUUUAUGUCUUCCAGAAAAUAGUACCGUGUUCUUUUAUUACACUAAAUGAGGUGUUAUUUAAUGAGACCCAUUUAAUUGUC